AUGAUCUACACCACUGAUGAAAUUAACCAGAAUCCUAAAAUAUUGUCUAAUAUUUCACUGGGGUUCCAUGUUUAUGACUCCUGUUACUCAGAAGUCCGUGCUGUUGAGGGAAGCAUGUUGAUAUUAUCAGGGAAGAAAGAGAUUGUCCCAAACUACAGAUGUCAGUCAAAGCCCCAACUUACAGCCAUCAUUGGAGAUGAAGCUUCAGCAUCAUCAAUCCCCAUUGCAAGGAUUUUAGGACUAUAUAGAUAUCCACAGGAACAGGCUCCCCAACAGGGUAUUCUGACUUCUUCUGACACCUGCCAAGAGCAUCCUACUGAGGAGAUCCCUAAGAAGAAGAUGUGUGAGAGGAAGCACUUUGGCUCCCUAGAGAAGUCUAUCACAGAAGAUACGAACUUCGGUGAAGUUGAAGGGUCCCCACGGUCACCUCUUGAUGAUGUCUCUUUUGGAGAAGUCCUUGAAAUCCUAAGAGGUAGCUGGAUGCCCACCAACCCUUCAUCCAAGAAGUCUGCAUUUCUGGAGGCUUUUGGUACUUACUUGUAUAUCUCUUGGGUGACUUUGCCCUCUGACAAGCUCGUUGAGUUGAUCUCUCAGUGGGCAUGGAAGGAUCCCAACACUAUUGAGCCCAUACCUCAGAGACCAGAUGUUAUAUACAUUACUGGUUGGAAGGCAGAAAAAACAGUAACAUUGUACACAAUUAUGGAGAACACAGGUAGUGCACAAACCGAAGAAAAUAGGGAGAUAGAAAAGCUGAUGUGGAGUGUGGGUGAAGAAAAGAUCAGUCAUGGAGCGGUACUUUCUAGCCUGAGCAAUAAGAAGGAAUUCCCUUCAUUUUCACGAACUGUACCAAAUUUCAGCUUUUCUAUCCUGGGAAAUGCACAUGUGGCAGUGUACUUUAGCUGGACCUGGGUAGGAAUCUUAGCAUCAGAUGAUGAAAUUGGUCAAAUGGGCAGCAAAGAGCUAAAAAGAGUUUUGAAUAGCGAAGGAGCAUGCAUAAGUUUUUUAGAAACAUUUCCUAAAAAUAAUCCAAAUAAAGUCCUGGAAAUUGUUGAUGUACUGAAGAGGUCAACUGCUAAAGUAGUUUUUGUCUAUGUCAGUAAGAGAACAUUAGUUCCAAUUAUGCAACAACUUGCAAUGCACAAUGUAACAGAUAAAGUUUGGAUAACUGAACAUGCAUGCACAGUUUCUGGAGAGAUCGUCAACAAAGAAAUGCUGGAAACAAUGAAUGGUACAAUUGGAAUUGCAGCUCACACAAGACACAUCUCAGGAUUUUUAGACUACCUUUAUAACCUCUACCCUUCUGUUAAUAUUGCUGAUAUUUUUAUUAAAUCAUUUUGGGAAAAAGCAUUUGGCUGCAUAUGGCCUAACAAUGGAACAGAACUGCUUACUGAAUCAAAUAUAACUGACAGUGAAACAAUGUUUUGCUCAGGUCAUGAGAGGAUAGAUGAAUUGGAUGCAACAUUGUUUGACAUAUAUUCAUCCAUACAUUCUAGUCAUGCUUAUGAUGCUGUGUAUGCUAUAGCCUAUGCAUUACAUAACUUGGCCACAUGCCACUUACAAAUGAACCCUUUUGGGAAUACCUCCUGCCCAAAUAUUCUCGACUUUCAGCCAUGGCAGGAAUAUAUGUUCAUCAAAGAAAGUGGAGGUACAGAAUUUGAGGCAAAGAUGGUGAAAGUAGAGUUUGCAUCAGCUGGUGAACUGAAGGAACUGGACUCAACAGGUGGUAUAUGCUGCUGUGGUCUUCUCCACUAUGUGCGAAAUGUCCACUUUAUAACUAAUGAAGGAGAUGAGAUGUUCUUUGAUGCUGAUGGAGACCCACCUGCUGUGUAUGACAUCAUAAACCAGCAAAUAUCUACAGAUGGUUCAAAGAAAUGUGUAAAUGUUGGCUAUUUUGACUAUCGCCAGCCUGUAGGGAAGCAAGUUAUUAUUAAUGACAAGGCCAUAAAGUGGAAUGGAGCAUUCACAGAGGUUCCACAUUCUGUAUGCAGUGAGAGUUGUACACCUGGCUAUCGUAAAUCAGCUCAGAAGGGUCAGCCAAUCUGCUGCUUUGACUGUGUACCUUGUUCUGAGGGGGAAAUUUCCAACCAAACAGAUCUUUCUCAUUGCAUGAAGUGCUCUGAGAGUCAAUGGGUCAGCAGCAACAGAGACAGAUGCCUACCAAGACUUAUUGAAUUUUUGUCCUAUGAGAAUCCACUAGGAAUAAUGUUUGCUGUCAUAUCUACAACCUGCUCCUUAAUGACUGUUUCCAUUCUGUGCAUAUUCAUGAAAUAUCGGGAAACUCCAAUAGUCAAGGCCAACAACCGAAACCUCAGUUACCUUCUCCUCCUCUCUCUCAUAUUGUGCUUCCUCUGCUCUUUGAUGUUGAUUGGUCAGCCAAUGACAGUGACAUGUGUGCUUCGACAAGCACUUUUCACUGUAGUUUUCUCCUUCUGUAUUGCCUGUGUUUUGGCAAAGACCAUUACUGUAGUUAUUGCGUUCAAUGCUACUAAGCCAGAGAGCAAGUUACAAAAAUGGGUGGGACCCAGUGUUCCCAUUUAUAUUGUUGUUUUAAGCUCUGUAAUUCAAAUUAUCAUGGGUAUCAUCUGGCUGACUACAUCUCCACCAUUUGUUGAGUAUAAUGUGAAAUCUUUAAAGGAUAAAAUAAUAAUUGAAUGUAAUGAAGGUUUUAUUGUUAUGUUCUAUUGCAUGCUGGGAUACCUAGGCCUCUUGGCAGGAGUAUGCUUCAUAGUUGCUUUCCUAGCAAGAAAAUUACCUGAUAGCUUUAAUGAAGCAAAUUAUAUCACAUUCAGCAUGCUGGCAUUUGUUAGUGUUUGGAUUUCAUUCAUUCCAGCAUACCUCAGUACAAAGGGAAUGUACUUGGUUGCUGUAGAGAUAUUUGCCAUCCUGUCUUCCAGUAUAGGACUAAUUUGCUGUAUAUUUAUUCCAAAAUGUUAUAUCAUUCUUUUUAGGCCUCAUAUGAAUACAAGAGAGUACCUAAUGGGAAGAGGAAAAGUGCAGACUAGAAAUUAA